AAAAAGUCUAUCAAAGAAACGUUCACGUUGGGACAGAGAAUAUCGGUCGUCUCUGUUGUCUCUGACGUGGCUCUUCUUCUUAUUCCCCGAUUAGAUCCCGUUGGAGAAUCUAGGGACUCAGUUUCGCUAGGAUUCGCUAAGUGUUAUCGAUGAUGUUGCAGUCGCAUUCAAGGUUCCUCCUUCAGACGCUGUUGACACGUGCUCAGAAUCUUGAUAAAGCAGUGGAGCUAGAUUAUCAAUGGAUCGAGUUCGAUGAUGUUCGUUACCACGUUCAGGUGACAAUGAAGAAUCCACAAAUCUUGUUGCUUUCGGUUUCUUUACCAAACCCACCACCUGAAGCAAUUUCCUUUGAUGGACUUCCAUUGGGAGCUAUAGAAGCUAUUAAAACCGCUUACGGGACAGGCUUUCAGAUUCUUGAUCCUCCCAGAGAUGGUUUUAGUCUUACCCUCAAGCUCAAUUUCUCCAAACUUCGUCCAGACGAAGCGUACAGAAACUCGUUGUUAACGAAGCUAGCUUCCAUUAGAGAGGUGGUGAUGGGUGCGCCGUUGAAAAUCAUCCUCAGACAUUUAGCUUCAAGGACGGUUGCUCCUGAGCUGGAUAGGCUUGUUGCAAUUAUGCAUAGACCUAACGAGACAUUUUUCCUUGUGCCUCGGGCGGAUAAAGUCACUGUGGCUUUUCCUAUGAGGUUUAAAGACUCUGUAGAUACAAUUCUAGCGACGUCCUUCCUAAAACAAUUUGUAGAGGCAAGGCGUGCGGCCUCUCUUAGUAGUGCUCCUUCUUGUUCGUGGUCUCCAACCGCACCUCAGGAGCUGGAAGGAGCUCCUAAAGAAACGCUAUCUGCUAAUGCUGGUUUUGUAACUUUUGUCAUUGUGCCUCGGCAUGUGGAGGGGGAAAAGCUCGAUCGUACUGUCUGGAACUUGUCAACCUUUCAUGCUUAUGUUAGUUACCACGUCAAGUGCUCAGAGGGAUUUAUGCAUACCAGGAUGAGGCGUCGUGUGGAAUCUAUGAUUCAGGCUCUAGAUCAAGCUAAGCCAUUGGAGAAAACAAGAUCCAUGAACAAUAAGUCAUUUAAACGGCUGGAACUCAACGAUGUCAAUUCGAAGUAGUUGCAUCCCUCAUGAAGCAUUUUUUUUGUAGAACCUUGUGAGUAGCUAAGACAUGCUUUUGCUGAUUUAUAUAUAUAUAUUUUAGUUUUGGUUUGAGAUUGGUUUUCUUAGUACAAUUCUUUCAGCUAUUUCAUAUUUCUGACCACAUGUAAUAAUGAUGUUAAAAACUGUAAGAAAUUCACAUUUGAAAAAGGUAUAUACAG